CCCCCGCCGAAGUGGCAGCAGCACGGCGGGAGCAGGUCCGUCCGUCCUACGUGCCUUAGGGGAAGAAAGGGGAGGGGGGUUUCUUUCGUGCGCUCUUGGGGCUCCUCCGAAAGCCGCCUGUAGGCAAAAGAGCUUGGCUUCGGAAAGAGAAGGAAGGCGAUCGCGCAGGGCCCAGGGGGGAAGAGGUACCGCCCUGCGCAGGUCUAGAUUCCAUUAGAGAUCCGUGGCAUCCUUCCGAGGAGAGACGGCUUCGGCCAAGCAGGGCGAUGCUGUGCAGUGGUCAUCUUCUACUACUUCUGGCAAGCAUUCCUUACAGCUUUCUGCUGAAAAACCAUGAGGAGGAUGAGGAUGAAGAUGAUGACCUGCCACUGUCAACAUCCCAGCCCUCUGGGGACUCUGCCCAGAAUGUGCCUGGUUGCCCAGCCAAAUGCACCUGCCCAACAGAGGAGACAGUGGAUUGUGGUGGCCUUGACCUACACAUUUUCCCCAGCAAUAUCUCUGCAGACAUCCAGCAUCUUUCAUUGCAGAAUAACCAACUGCAAGAGCUGCCCUAUCAUGAACUAUCCCGAUUAACCAGCCUGCGAACCCUCAAUCUCCAUGACAAUCUGAUCACCUCUGAUGGUCUCCCGGAUGAAGCCUUUGAGUCCCUGCAGUCACUUCAGUACAUCUACCUGGCCAACAACAAGCUGUCAGUGGCACCACAGUUCCUGCCACACACUCUACGCAUUGUGGACCUUGCUGCCAACCACCUGACAUGCAUCUAUCCACUCACCUUUGGGCAUAAGCCUGGUCUCAGGUCUGUUUAUCUACACAACAAUCACUUGAACAACACAGGUCUGUCCUUUGAUGCCUUCAAUGGCUCGGAUGCUGUCAGCACCCUGAUCCUUUCCAGCAAUCGGCUUACCUACGUGCCCCAGAAUUUGCCCCGUGGUGUUGUUCGCCUCCAUUUGCAGAAUAAUCACAUUUCUCGUAUCCCUAAAGGGGCCUUGAACAGCCAAGGGCGCCUCCGGGAGCUUUACCUGCAGAACAAUAAUCUAUCCAGUGAGGGCCUGGGCCACUCCACCUUCAGCAAGCUGAAGAGCCUUGAAUAUCUGGAUCUUUCCAACAACAACUUGACAGAGGUGCCUGCUGGUCUUCCUGCCAACGUAGUAAUACUACAUUUGGGCCGAAACUGCUUGAAGGGACUACCGCCUGAACGCCUUAGCCGUGUGCGGGGCCUGCAGUAUCUCCUGUUGCAAAGCAAUGCUUUGACAACUUCAGGGGUGCACCCAGAGGCCUUUGCCCACUUGCGCUCCCUGCAUACGCUCCAUCUGUACAAUAAUCAGCUAGAUGGAAUCCCAUCUGGACUUCCCCGCCGUGUCCGAUCUUUGAUGCUGCUGCACAACCAGAUUGCACGCAUUGGCUUGAAUGACUUUGUGGCCACUUAUGCUUUGACUGAGCUCAAUCUGAGUUACAAUCGGCUUUAUAGUGCCCACAUCCACCGCCUGGCCUUCCGCAAGCUUAGGCGCCUAGAAACUCUGGAUAUCUCUGGCAACAUGCUCACACUUCUCCCUGCUGGGUUGCCCACCAGUCUUCAAGUCCUCAAUCUUCAGAAGAACCAGCUCAAUGCUCUUUCUCCAGAACGGUUAGUCAACCUCACCAUGCUUAAAGAGCUGCACCUGGCACACAACCGCCUGCAGAUCAGCAGUAUCUCUCCAGGCACUUGGCAUGAGCUGCACAGCCUCAAGCUCCUGGAUCUGAGCUUCAAUGAGUUGUCAUACGUUCCACCAGACCUUCCAGAAUCACUGGAAUAUCUGUACUUGCAACACAACAGAAUUGCUGUCAUUAUGGCCGAGACCUUCCUCACAACACACAACAUACGGGUCAUCACUCUCAGAUCCAAUCGCUUGUUGGCAGCCAAUGUGUCAGAAAUGGCAUUUGCAGACCUGAAAUUCCUGGAAGUAGUAGACCUGACAGGCAACCCAGAGCCUAUCAACAUCUCUCUUCUGCAAACUGGACGCUGGGUCCAUACUCAAAUGGGCACCUAGGAAGGCAGCCUAGAACAGAUUACCAUUCUGAAUUCUCUUUGCACCAUGCUGCUUCCUUAGGCCUCUUGAUGAACAUGGCCUCAGCCAGCCUGCCUCUCACCUUCUGGAGAACUCAGCCAGCCAGCCACCUACAACAAAGCCAGUGCAGCAAGCUGCUUUUCUUGGGAGCGAAACUUAGCAACAAUGCUUAGUUUAACAGGGAAAUUAAGGCAAAAAGUGGUAGUCAUACCCAGAUGAAGCUAGGUGUCCCCACUUGCAACGUUGCCUAGGACAUAAAAUACUCAGUGGAGCACUUCCUCUCAGUUCGUUCUUCUGCAUCACUUCUUGUAUGUGUGCUUCCAAUCUGAUAACAGAGCUGCUGUAGAGAGCUAGGAAGUUGCAGAUGCAAAAGUUUUCUUCCCCAUGUGUCAAAUCCCAUUCAAUCUUUUUGCAAAGGAGAAAAUGAUGGGAAUGACAGCUAGACUGUUGACCAUCACACAGAAUUACAAGCCAUGUUUACAUUUCCCAAAUUUACAAAUGUUUGAACAAAAUUGGGACAACAUUCAAAAGAAGCAAGGGUCCAUCAUCACAGGACUAGUCAUAAUAAAACUUGUAUUUUUCCAUAGAAAAUAUAGCUUUAACUAAGAUCAAAGGCAUCAUAUGCCUGCAUCAAGGAUGAAGCCAUAGAAACUAAAUUAUUUUAAUAUCAAAUGACCUUCAGAUUUCCAGACUACAUAAGCUAAACUUGUGUUAGCUUAGCAGAUUAAACCAUUUUUAUACAGAGAUGGUACCUUUUUUGUAGAUGCUGAAAAAGGAAACC